GUCACACGGAAAUAUCUUAAAUAUAUGCCGUCUUGCAGGCUCAGGAAUAGCGGAUUCAAGUGACAGGAUGCCGUAUCCCCGGUAGCAUGUAGUACAUUAAUAGUGAACUUCGUUCUUCGGAACUCAGUCUGUGGUGCGAGGUGCUGGUGAUGUCUCGGAAGUACGAACACUAUGACGAAACAUUUGAUAUCAGUCGCGUCGGUGCUGGUCAUGGCUGUUUUACAUCAUGUAUGGGCGUCAAGGAUCCUGGCCAUAUGUCCAACGAGUUCGAUCAGCCAUCAAAUCGUGUUUCGUGGGCUGACAAUGGCUCUGAAGGAGCGAGGCCACGAGCUUGUCGUCGUAACGACGGACCCAGUCGACGAUCCGGGCUUGAAAAACUACACCGAGAUAAGCAUCAACUUUCUAUACAAGGACUUUAUUCAACAUGUGGAUUGGGUUACUAACCGGAAACACGAAACCUGGUUCGACGUAGUUGCCAAUUGGGCUCCCGCGUUCAACUCGCAGGUUGAUCGCAUCCUCAACCUACCAGAACUCAGGAACCUCUACGCACCGGAUAGUGGGGAAAAGUUUGACCUACUAAUUAUCGAGGCGCUUUAUUAUCCUGCAUUUUUACCACUCGGUAAACGAUUUGACGUUCCAGUUAUAGGUCUAACGUCUCUGGGGUUGACUACCAAUAUUCAUUACGCAAUUGGUAAUCCAGUACUGUCCUCUCAUCCGUCACACUGGGACGCUGGGAAGGCUGUGCUGGGAGAGUUGACGCUGUGGCAAAGACUAAAGAAUUUCGUGAGGAUAUGGAGAUAUCUGUACCGUUACCAAAGCGCUAUCAUUUCGACGCAACAGGAGGUAGCAUGGAAAUAUUUUGGAAAUGAUGUACCUGAUCUCCGAGAUCUUGAAAAAAACAUCAGCUUGAUUUUCGUUAAUCAGCAAGCGCCCAUUUCAUACCUCAGACCUAAUACUCCCAGGAUUAUCGAAAUUGGUGGAUUCCACGUCUCGAAGCAGGUGAAACCUCUCUCGAAGGAUCUUCAGAGGACCUUAGACAAAGCCACGCAAGGCUUCAUAUACAUGAGCCUUGGAUCAAAUGUCAAAAGUUCCAUGUUGAGUAAUGAAAUACGAGAUGAAUUCAUCGCAACAUUUUCAAAAUUGCCCUACACCGUUAUCUGGAAAUACGAGGAUGAGUUUCUUCCCGGCCUGCCAGAGAACGUGAUAAUCAUGAAGUGGACCCCGCAGCAGUCUAUUUUAGCGCAUCCGAAUAUAAAAGCUUUCAUAUACCAAGGAGGUCUACAAAGUACAGAGGAAGCGAUUUCUCACAUCGUUCCCGUUAUCGGGUUACCAGUAUUUGCUGACCAGGACAUGAUGGUGGAGAAAAUGGUGUCUUUAGGAGUUGGGAAAAAGUUGGAAAUCCUUACUCUGAACAGGGCAGAUUUACUCGAAGCGAUACACUCAGUUGUGAGGGACAGCAGCUACAAGCAACGUAUGCUGAAUUUGCGUGACUUGCUGAAAGAUAAGCCGUACGAUUCGUUGGAGAACGCGGUUUGGUGGACGGAACACGUGAUACGUCACAAGGGUGCCCCUCAUCUGCACUCUACGACAGCCGACGAUCCCUGGUAUCAGCGGCAAGACAUGGACUUGAUUUUCAUUAUUUCAACUGUGAUUUUGAUAGCUUUCAGUAUAACAUUAGUUGUAUUACAUAAGUUGAUUGUUCGCAGUAUUCGUGUGCUUAAACAUCGGUUGCCCGACAGCAAAAAGCACAAAGCAUAUUGACUCGUUCCAUGUAAAUAUCACAACAGAUGUAUUACAACGUUGAUAAUGUGUAUGCGUAAUGGAUGAUUGAAUAUAAUUGAUCCAUCAUU